CUGAGCGGCGCCUUGCCCAGCCCACGUCUUCCUCUUCCUGCAUCCCGCCCAUCGCCGUCCGCGCCGCUGAAGCCUUCCUCUGCUUUCCCCUGUAACCCACCGUUACCAGCAUGCAGGUUUUCCAGUACCCCGAGGUGUAUCGCGACGACUCAUCCGUGCAAGAUUAUCAUGGCUGUAAAGUUAGCGACCCAUAUAACUGGCUUGAAGAUCCUGAUAGCGAACAAACAAAGGCUUUUGUUGAGGCACAAAAUAAGAUAACGGUGCCUUUUCUUGAGCAGUGUACUGUCCGAGGGCUAUUUAAAGAGAAGAUGACUGAUUUGUAUGACUACCCCAAGUACAGUUGUCAUUUCAGGAAAGGAAAAAGAUAUUUUCACUUUUAUAAUUCUGGACUUCAGAAUCAGCGAGUAUUAUAUGUACAAGAUUCCUUGGAUGCUGAUGCAAAAGUGUUUCUUGACCCAAAUAAGCUUUCUGAUGAUGGCACUGUGGCUUUGCGAGGUUAUGCUUUCAGUGAAGAUGGUGAAUAUUUUGCAUAUGGCUUGAGUUCCAGUGGGUCAGACUGGGUAACAAUAAAAUUUAUGAAGGUUGAUGGUGCCGAGGAACUUCCAGACACACUGGAGAUGGUAAAAUUCAGUUGCAUGGCUUGGACUCACGAUGGCAAGGGCAUGUUCUACAACAGCUACCCAAAGCAAGAUGGCAAAAGUGAUGGCACUGAGACGUCAACCAACCUGCACCAGAAGUUAUGCUAUCAUGUCCUGGGAACUGACCAGUCAAAGGAUGUUUUAUGUGCUGAAUUUCCUCAUGAGCCAAAAUGGAUGGGAAGAGCCGAGGUAUCCGAUGAUGGAGAAUAUGCUUUGCUCUCCAUACGGGAAGGCUGUGAUCCAGUGAACAGACUCUGGUACUGUAAUCUGCAGAAGGAAUCAAAUGGUAUAUCGGGUAUUCUUCAGUGGGUGAAACUGAUAGACAAUUUUGACGCAGAGUAUGACUACAUCACCAAUGAGGGAACUACGUUCACCUUCAAGACGAACCGUCAUGCUCCAAACUAUCAAUUAAUUAAUAUUGAUUUUAGUGAUCCUGAGGAAUCCAAGUGGAAAGUGCUGGUUCCGGAACAUGGGAGGGAUGUGCUGGAAUGGGCAGCUUGUGUUCGAUCCAACUUCCUCGUCUUGUGUUACCUCCAUGAUGUGAAGAACGUCCUGCAACUUUAUGACCUAGCAACUGGUGCCCAUCUCAAGACACUUCCAUUGGAUGUUGGCAGCAUUGUGGGAUACAGUGGUCAAAAGAAAGAUAGUGAAAUAUUUUAUCAGUUUACUUCCUUCUUGUCACCCGGUAUUAUUUACCACUGUGAUCUGACCAAAGAAGAACUAGAACCAAGAGUUUUCCGAGAGGUCACAGUGAAAGGAUUUGAUCCUUCAGCUUACCAGACGGUACAGGUUUUCUACCCUAGUAAAGAUGGCACUAAGAUCCCAGUGUUUAUUGUCCACAAAAAAGGAAUCAAAUUAGAUGGAUCUCAUCCUGCCUUCCUUUAUGGCUAUGGUGGCUUCAACAUAUCUAUCACACCAAGUUACAGCGUAUCAAGACUUAUUUUUAUAAGACACUUGGGUGGUAUUCUAGCUGUGGCUAAUAUCAGAGGAGGGGGUGAAUAUGGAGAGACCUGGCACAAAGGUGGGAUCUUGGCUAACAAACAAAACUGCUUUGAUGAUUUUCAGUGUGCAGCGGAGUAUCUCAUCAAAGAAGGAUAUACUUCCCCAAAGAAGCUAACUAUUAAUGGAGGUUCAAAUGGAGGCCUCUUAGUGGCUGCCUGUGCCAACCAGCGUCCAGAUCUAUUUGGCUGUGUUAUUGCUCAAGUAGGAGUGCUGGACAUGCUAAAAUUUCACAAAUUCACAAUUGGACAUGCCUGGACAACAGACUUUGGUUGCUCUGAUUAUAAAGAACAGUUUGAUUGGUUGUACAAAUAUUCCCCUCUUCAUAACAUCAAAGUACCAGAAGGAGACGGAGUCCAGUAUCCAGCCACCUUACUUCUUACUGCAGAUCAUGAUGACCGUGUGGUGCCUCUUCAUUCCCUGAAGUUCAUUGCUACUCUGCAGUAUAUUGUUGGUCGAAGCCCCAAACAAACUAAUCCACUAUUUAUCCACGUGGACACCAAGGCUGGUCAUGGUGCCGGGAAGCCAACAGCCAAGGUUAUUGAGGAAGCAUCUGACAUGUUUGCCUUUAUAGCAAGAUGCCUAAAUCUUGAAUGGAUAGAAUAAGCCAGUGCUGUCUCCAUUAUAAAUCAAGGGCUUUGACAGAAUUUUAAAAGAACAGGAACACUUCCUGUAGUACUUAAAUUUAAGAACUGCCACUCGCAGCCUCCCUUGAACUGCAUAACCUUUUUGCUUCAGUUGGGUUUGCCCCUCAUUUUAGUCCUCAACCAUAUGUUUUAAAUAGCAUGUUCUGAUAAAUAGAUGGAUUGGAGAGUAAUCUGUUAAUGUGCAUUCUUAGAGUCAAAGUUCUUGGUGAUGAUUUCAUACAAACCAAUUUUAAUGUACCUUUUUCUCCUUGUAAGCAUAUUUGGCUCACUUGUAAUUAAAUGUAAGUACUGUUCCAGUA